UUUACUUAAUAUUGGUCUAUCUGAUAUAAGCACAACACAAUUGCUAUUAUUAAGAAAAAUAAAACCUAAAUAUGAAAUAAAAGAGCUACUUUCUGAAUUUCUUCAACAUGAUAAAGAUUCUGAAAGUGAAGAUUCAAAAGAUAAAAGUUCAGAAAGUGAAAGUUCAAAAAGCAAUGAUUUAGAAAAUAAUAGUUCAGAAAAUGAUAGUUCAAAAAAUAAUAGUUCAGAAAAUAAUAGUUCAAAAAAUGAUAGUUCAGAAAAUGAUAGUUCAAAAGAUAAAACUAGUAGUAUAACAA